CCGCGCAGGCGCGGUCGGGGAGCUUUCCGGGAGUCGGCACCUUUACCUCUCGCGUGUUUUGGGUCGUUGGUUUGCGAAGUUCCGUUGAGCCCGGCGAAUACUUGAAAAGCUGGGGUCGUGGACCCCCGUCAGGUCUCAGCAGCACGGAGGUGCAGGGUGUCGCCGAGGGGGCGGGGCCGGGCGCCGCCAGCGGCGCGCUCUGCCCCGGGGCCCCCGGCCCUGCUCCGGGCCCGGCCCUGGCUCCAGCCCACGUCCCGGCCGCGGCCUCGCAGUUCACCCUGCUGGUGAUGCACCCCUGUGGGGGGCAGGACGAGGCCGCGGCCGACGGCGUCCUGAGGCCAGCGCCGGCCCUGGGGUGCAGCGCGGGCGCGGGCAAGCCUGUGAGAUACCUGUGUGAAGCGGCAGGGGACGGCGAGGAGGAGGCAGGGGAGGACGAGGCCGACCUGCUGGACACCUCGGACCCCCCGGGGGGAGGCGAGAGCACCGCGAGCUUGGAGGACCUGGAGGAUGAGGAGACCCACUCCGGGGGCGAGGGCGGCAGCGGGGGAGCCCGGAGACGGGGCAGCGGUGGGGGCGGCAUGAGCAAGACCUGCACCUACGAGGGCUGCAGCGAAACCACGAGCCAGGUGGCCAAGCAGCGCAAGCCGUGGAUGUGCAAGAAGCACCGCAACAAGAUGUACAAAGACAAGUACAAAAAGAAGAAAAGCGACCAGGCUCUGAACUGCGGCGGGGCCGCCCCGGCUGGCAGCGUGGGAAACGUCAAACUGGAGGAAAGUGCAGAUAACAUACUCUCCAUUGUUAAACAAAGAACGGGAUCUUUUGGCGAUCGUCCUGCAAAACCUACUCUUUUAGAACAAGUGUUAAACCAAAAAAGACUGUCAUUACUAAGAAGUCCAGAAGUGGUGCAGUUUUUACAGAAACAACAACAACUAUUAAAUCAGCAAGUUUUGGAGCAAAGACAACAGCAGUUUCCAGGAACAUCGGUGUGAGGAAAUUUAUUAAGAAGAUCUACAUGAUUUUUUAUCUUAUUGUAGUAGAUGAACAUAUUUUUAUACUAAAGAUAAGUGGGGCAAGAUAUGCCAGUAGAACAUAAACAUUUUCCUGUAAAUGUAUGUGUGCAUUUGGGGAUAAAUAAGUAUUGCACUUUGUGCAUCUGGUCCUUUCAGAUCACCAUGAAUUUGAAGAAACCAGCGUGUCUUUCCAAAAUAAUAUUUAAUUACAAUGUAUUUUAAACAAAGUGUUCUUCAGUCAUUGUUACUGAAGGUAAUGAGGCAGUUACUUUCUGUGGAAGUCACAAAGUUCAUAGAUAUUAAUCUUGGAUCAUCUAGCUCAGUGGUUCUCAUCUUGGGACAGUUAGAAAUGUAUGGGUAUGUUUUUUAGUUGUCACAGUGACCGUGAAAACUGCUGGCUUUUAGUGAAUGGCCAGGAACGCUAAAUUUCUGCAGUUUCUAGAAUGGUCCCACACAACUGAGAAUUAUCUUACAAUAUCAGUAACAUUCCUAUUAAGAAACACUGGUAGCUACUUUGAUAAAAUGUAGUUGGGACACUUAGAACUGGGUUCGCAUAGUAACCUUUUCCUUGCAGCUAAGACUGGAGCUGUUGAAGAGGUAAGCAUACUUUACGUCUAUAGGGAAAGUUAAAUUGUUAAAUAUCUGUGAAAUGAGGGUGUGCAUCUCUUCAGAGAUGUGCUGGUAAAAUCCGAGAGCGGGCUUAACUGGGUACACCGGGAUGAAUGCAUCUCCUAUGUUGGCUUCUCUGCUUCACGUUACCUGUUAGUGUUGAUCACUUUUUAAGCAGACACCCUUGUGUGUUGAAUCUGUGAAUAGUAUAGUAUAUCUCAUCCCACCACUGCCAAGACAAAAUUAUUUUUUUAAUACUUAUUUCUUCUUCAAAAAGAGAUCCCAGAAAUAAACCCAACACUCCAGCAUUUUGUCAAUGUUUUUCGAAACUGAGCUGUUUUAAGACCAUGUUUUUCCUAAGUAAUGUUCAAAGAAUAAUGGGUAAUCUCUAUAGAUACUUUUGUCUUUUAUUUUCUCCUAGGAAAACUUUUAAAAGUCAAACCUACCAAUAAAAGUAACAAAGUAUUUCCAAUGUUAGGACAAUAAAUGUAUGUCUCAAAUUUAACUGCAAAAAUGUGUUAGUUUCUUGGUAGUUAAGUUCUGAAACACAUAUCAAGUUAAACUUAGUCACUACUGUUCUGAGAAAUAUUUAAGAAUCUUUUUGUUCAUUUUUUUAUGUGUUUUAUACCUUCAUAUGUGUGCAAAAACGCAUUUACCAAAAUUACUCAUUAAAGUCAAGUUGUUGAUCUUUCA